GAGUAAGGGCACGUCAAAGUCAUGCGCCCUGCUUUCUGAAUUGUUUGACACUAUGCGGUUGAGGUUGGAGUAGUUUAGUUUGCGUCCAUGUCAUAAUAAUAUACUUUUACGUAGUUAUUCAGGGCGGUAGUGUAAUUAUCUCUCCUUUUUACUGGCUUCCCAACCAGAAAAAUGAUGGCUUAUGCUCACAUUUUGAAAGUGCUGCACAGAAGUCUGAGACAAACCGCGACACAACUCUGCGUGCAAAAGUGCUACGUUGUCCACACGCACAGGGCAUUGUGCACAGCGCCAGCAUUUGUCCGUCUCGGGACAAAGAUUUCUUCACUGGACUGUCUCACUGCAAGUCAGACACACCAAGUUGCGUCUGUCCAUUGUACAGCCAGAAGCAGAAGCAGCCCCGAAGACAGAGGCAAGUCUGUGUCCAGGUAUCAGAGUGGGACCCCUAAACCUUCAGCUGCACAGAAAGUGAAAGACGCUGGAAGAGAUUUCACCUACUUGAUAGUAGUUCUCAUCGGGCUGGGAGUGACAGGUGGGCUGCUGUAUGUGGUGUUUCAAGAGCUGUUUUCUUCCUCGAGCCCAAACAAGGUCUACAGCAGAGCUUUUGACAUAGUCAAAUCCCACCCAGAGGUGAUUGGUGCCUUUGGCGAGCCAAUCAAAUGCUAUGGUGAGACCACCCGUCGAGGAAGGAGGCAGCAAGUCAGUCACGUGGAGUACAUGAAGGAUGGACUAAAACACAUGAGGCUUAAAUUUUACAUUGAAGGCUCAGAACCGGGCUUGAAAGGAACGGUUCACUCGGAGUCAAAAGAGAAUGCUGAAACUGGAAAAUAUGAAUUUCGCUAUCUAUUUGUGGACGUAGACACAUACCCCAGGAGGAGCAUUAUUGUGGAAGACAACAGAUGAGAAAGAUUUCAUGACUUCUCAGCAUUUAAAAACAGGGAAAUGGUGUCUAACUAAAAUGCAGGCGUUAGUGUCCAUGGAUGAAAAACUUCUUUAUUUUUUUGCAAUAUUUGUGAUUGAUUGAAAGUAAUUUUUCUUGUAGCAGUUUAACAAAGUCAGAUGUAUUACAAAUAGAAAUUGUUUUGGGAUUAAAUUGUGGAUUGUAUUAUUAAUAAAAUAUGUUUUUUUUUUCAUCUAAUUUGUUGUCCGUGGUUUUAGAUUAUUUUGCUCCAGCUACAUUUUAUGUAGAGUUUUUAUAUGUAUAUAAAGGCCUAUUUUUUUUAGUUAUUACAGCAAAUACUUUUUUUUAAAUUGUGAAAUUGGUAGGUUAGCAGUGUAUGAUUCUGCAUUGUUUUGAAUAGUAUGGUGCAUCUUAAUAUAUUGACCACCAGAUGGAGACACAAAAUGGAAACACUGUGUGUUGUGUUCCUUAUUUUAUCUGUUUAUCAUGACAAUAUUUGAGGUUUUUUUUUUUUUUAUUUAAUAUAACAACAUAUUGCAACUAAUUUUUCCUGUAAAGUAUGGCCAUAUAUCCUCUAAAUAUUUCUGAAUGGCUACUUUUAUUCCUGCUAUAGCAAUGCAGGAGAUUAUAAACUGCAUGGAUCUAAAUAGUAAUUACUCAAAUUGUGUUUUUUUUUUUAUUAUAAAUCUUACUGAUACUAUAAAAAAAUCUGGGUGAAAUGUCUUGGGUUACAACAACAGAAAGUUUAAACUUACAGAAGAUAAUUUCCAAAACAAUGUCUACCAAUGCUUUUCAAAAGAGAAAUCUGUUAGUACUAAACUAUUUUAAAGUUGAUUUUACAUGAUGACUGGAAGUGAAGCAGGAAUGAAAAAAAUCAUAAUGACCCUUCAAAGUAAUGUAUGCUUAGACUUAUCAAAAUUUGUCUUUUGAUUACAUAUUUACUCCCAGUGAAACUAUGAAGUACCUCUGAGAUUACAGUGAUACUUUAUAGAAUCUAAUAGGCCUAAUUCAAAAGCCAACAACUUGCAAGCACCAGAAAUAUUUUGGCAGGAGUUUUCCAUAUUUGCCACAUUUACGGUUUGUCAGUCAAAUUGUCCAAAUGAAAUUGCUACUAACUCCGUCUCCAAGGGUUUUAGUUGUUGCUGCUGCUGCUAUUUUCUAAUGAACAGCAAUCAAACUUUAUUUGCUGUGUUGGCAUUUUACGGUCAGGUGUAGCUCAAAAGUGCUGCACAAACAUUAAAAACAGCUGAACAAACAAAACACUAAAAUAGAGAAGUGUGUUGAAUCAUUUAUAAAUAUUGCAGAACUGAAGAAACACAAUCAUGUAGUGAGAAACAUCAGAAAGUAUAUGUAAAAAUGUGAUGAAGCCUCUAAGUUAAUAAAUCAUAAAGACAAAUGCAUAAAACAAAGUAUGUAGUGAUAAUUGUAAUAUUUGCACAUGUAUAUUUAUUUAGUCAAUAAUAAAAGUUGUUGAAAUUGUUGGAACACAAAGUAGUUCAACACAAAUAUGUAAUCAAAAGUCAGACUAAAACUUGGACACUUGAAAGCCUCUUCUAUUUAGAAAGUAAAGGAAGAAACUAGUUUUAUGCAAUGCUCUGAUGGGGUUUUUGAUCAAGUCCUUAAAACAUUUUUAUGCACUUUCUUAUCUGUAGUUAUUUUUUAAAUGAUUAUUCUGUUGGUUACAAAUAUGGAAGAAAAAAAAUCAGAAAGAAAAUACGCAAACCGGAUGAAGUGCAGGAAUUAUUUCUAAAUAAUCAUAGAAAAUAGGCUUCCUGGGUGUCAAAACAAAGCUAUUUCGUACUGUUGUACGGCAUGGAUGACAGUAUCUUUAUUUAUUUAUUUAGUCUAAAGCAAAGACUACCAAUUAAUUCGUACUGAGAAUUUGGUUCGUGUGAAGGGGGAGCGUCUUACUGGAAGCGCGAAAUCAACACCCGCAUUAACGACGCCCACCUGGGUAACUGAAAGCAGCACAGAACACAGCAGGAUGUGGUCAGUCAGUCUGCGUUAGCUCCCACUGCGCUCAGUCUACUUAAGUUCUUUAUUUAACCCGAAUUCAACAAAUAGCUCGCCCAAUUGAUAGUACAUGGCAUGUUAUGAACAACGGAGAGGCGUAUUUAUCAAACAGAACAGUUUUAGUCGUUGUUUUGCGCUCGGAAUAAGUGACUAAAGCUGCUGUUGCUUUGGCCUGCUACGCGGAUAUCCUAGCUAAAACUAGCAGCAGCCUCUAUUGGCUCCUGGAGCUUCCUCACCCGAAAUAGAAAGAGAAAUGGCACACCUUGCUAGCCAACUCAGGUGGACGUCUCUGUCUCUUUAAGGGAAAGUUGUGUGGUUCUUCAGUAAUGAGACUCUCCUCUGAGUUAUAAACGUCUUAUGAAAUGGAGCUUUACUGGUAUAUAGUUGUUAUAAUAUUCAUCAUCAUAAAGAUCUUCUUCUAUGUGUGCUGGUACCGGUCAAGACAAAGGCAGCUGGCAGCAUAUUUGAGCAACACCCGCAAUGCACAGAUAGUCAUCGUCGGAGGAAGGGCUUACCUUCAUCAGAUGUGUGAGAGACAGAAUCAAGCAUCUGUGUGGCCCAGUUGGUACGGCGUUCAGGAGGACUUUUCAGUCGAGGAACCUUCCUCAACAAUGCCCCCGACUGCAUCCUUCUCCCACCUGGAAAUGCCCCCACCAUACGAGGUGGUCUCUGGAGAGGAUGACCUGAAGCCGCCUCCCUACAGCGAAUGCGCUCAAACCGAUGAGACCGACUCCCCUCAUCUCUCCCACAACACUCCUCUCAUUUCCGAGGGUGGAAACUCAGUACGCAUCAGUGAAGCUCCUCCCCCCUACACACUGACUCCGCCUCCAGUAGCCGGCCCCCAGGGCAGUCCUGUAAGCCAGAGCGAGCCUCUGCCAGAAGGCAGGGCCACUUAAACAGCCGCUCAUUCAAGUUUGCCUUUCCACCACCCCAUGCACUGCCUUCCUACAUUCAACCUCAGUGAUCGUUGCCUGCCUUACUCUCACCAUGAGAGCAAAUGUUUAUUUGGGUGGGUGUGUGCCUGUGUAUGUGUGUGUGCCUUUGUUGGUUUUAAAACCAAUUUGCUUUUCUACUUGUAUUAAAAAGUGGUCAUCUGAUGAGUUUUCAAUAACAGAUGAUUGCAGCAAGCCUUCGUGCCUCGGUCAGGACCGCAGAACCCGUUUCCCAGCCAGGAUCAACAACAGAAAGAGGGACUUUUAAUCUGUGUUCAUUUUUAUAUGUUUUCCUCUUGCUGUUUGUCUGCAAUGUUCCACAGAGCUGGAUUAACUUCUUUAUUCUUACAUCAUUUUUGGAGAAGUUUGUUCUUGUUCCUGAUUUUACAUUUUUUAACUUUGUUCUGUAGUUGUCACAAUUAUUCAGCACCUGUUUGAUAUUAAAAUUCUUGUUUUAGACAAUCUAAAACAUCUUGAGCCAGCAGGUGUACAUAUGCAUAAGAAAUAAUCAGAUGUCUGCUUGGUGUAUCAUUACUUCACUUGAGGUAUCUAUAAAUGCACUAAAUCAUUUACAUAAUUAAGUUGUGGCUUAUACUGAGAUGCUAGUUUACCUAACUGAAUGGGAUUGAGCACAGAAGGGGAGCAAGGUGAUGAAACAUUUAAUGUCAGUAGAUAUAUUCUUGCAGUUAUAGUCAUCACUACUGAACAUUUUUUUGCUUCUUUAUUCCAAAAGAUAAACAGAGGCAUAAAAGUUCUUAUGAAAUGAAAUUAAACUAUGUAAAAUCGCUGUGCCUGCAGUCAUCCACUAAACUUAUUUUGUUUGACAUUAUUCAAGUGUUGUAUUUCCUUGUAAAUUGCUGUUUUUGGAAAGGUGUUUAGUGUCCUUUUUAGAAGACUAUCAUAAGGCUAAAAUAGUAAUAUACUCCUGGAAAAUAAAGUUCAGAUAUUUGUUCAACAACAGUGUAUAUUGUGACCAAGCAGUGACUCUCUGUAGUAGCACAAAGCAAAAAAUUCCAUCCAAGCUAGCUCCUAAUUGUAGCCUUUGGUGAGCAUGAGACACGGUUGUUGAAAGACACAACACUGAAGUUUUUCUUCUAAGAUUUCUUUACAUUGUAUGUGUUGCACUCUGGCACUAACAGACUUGAAAAUUGGAGGUGCACAUGAAAAUACAAGUUGUAUCUUUUUUAAAAAUAUAAAAUAUCUGGAUUACCUGGCUAUGGAGGACCACAGAAGGUUUUCCCUUAUUCAUUAAAAAAAUCUUGGCAUAACAGUUUAGGAGGCUGGUAACAGGUUGAAAUGGAGGCUGAUUAUCUCCCAUGGAAAACCCUAAAAGAAGCAUCCAAAAACAGAAUAAAAGUUGUGGAUAAACGUUUUCUCUUACUUUCUCUCUUAGACCAAUGUAUACCUAAUUUAAAGCUUCCCCCCCAUUUAAACUGUAAAAUUUUCCACCAGAGAUUAAAUGGGCCUCAUAUCUUAGCUAAUUGCUUCCUGUAAUGGCGUCAACACAAUGUUUUGACUAUGGAGCUACAUACACAUUCCCCAUUCCUGCACUGGUCGGCCAUCUUAUCACUGCUUCCCCUUAGAUUUUACAAUAAAAUGAAAGAACGAAUGGAUGCUGUAUAACUGUAUUUAAAUUUUUGGGACAUGUAUGAAAUAGGGUGGGUUGUUUUUUUUUUUUAUCUAUGCUUUGUUGUAAUGGUUAGUCAUUACAUUACAAUGAUAAAUGUGCUUGUUCCUUAUGCCUUUUACUGGAUACAUUUGUUUGGUUUUUCAGUCUGACGGAUGCAAAAGCAAAGGAGCAGAUGAAUGCAUGUUUGAACCUGCUUGAUAUCACUAACCUGUCAGUAGCAGCAUGUUAAACAGUCCUAACCAUUCUGCUACAAGCAAGUCUGUCCUGUUAUAUACUGUAUGUUCUGUUAGUUCACUUCAUAUUCAUUCCCUAUGGUGGUUGAAAAAUCUAUUAUUUCAACCAGUUUUGUAGGUGUGACAGUUAAGGGGGAAAAUAUUUUUUGUGCAUUGAAUUGGGAAAUAAAUCUUCUGUAUAAAAAGCUUUCCUUUUAUGUUGUGUAAUUUUGAAGUUUAAAGCAUCAUUAUUCAUUCUUUUUUUUUUUAUCUGUUGCAAUCAAAAGAACAAAACAAAUUUAGCAGCAUACCGAUAACGCGAAACAAGACAGACUGCAGCUAUUUAAGCCUCUAUGUUCUCAAAUAAAUCAAAGUUUAAAUGAA